UUGGUGCCAUUCGGUGCGUAGACACCGCAUCAGAAUAGCAGAAUACCCGGAAGCUACACAGUUGCCAUCAGGGAGCAGGCUUUAAUCCCUGACCAGAGGCCAAAUAGAUCAUGUCAGUUAGGUAGCGCUGGUAAUUUACUGACAGUCGACUCCAGAAUCCGGGGUUAAACGCCACAGAUUCAUUUGAGAUCUGUGAGGGGAAAUUACCUUUUUCGUUAUUUGUUGGCUGUCGUGACUGCGUAAAGACGCGAGGAAGAGGUCGGCGGCUGGCAGCGCACAGUGGAUAAGAGGACUUUGGGGUCUGGAGAGGAGAGAGAAGAUGAGCCAUGGAGCGCCCGGGCGAGAGUUUACAGGCUACCUGGGCUCCCUCUCAGCAUCAGUGCUGAGCCUGCCUCUGCUGCUGCUCCUGAGUUCAGCAUCCACAACACAGGCUACAGUCUGCAGGCCUCCACUGGAGCCAGAGAAUGGAGGGUACACCUGCCACCCCUCUCCCUGUCGCACGCUGAGCCAGGGCACGGUGAUCGAGUACUUCUGCGACGAGGGCUACGUCAUGAAGGGAGACUACCAGUAUCUCACCUGCACCAACGGCGAGUGGGACACGCUCUCGCAGGUCCGCUGCCUCCUCUCCCCAGAGAAGGAUCCAGAGCCGGUGUUUGGCAUGAACACCCUGUCCCUGGUGGCCACCACAGCCAGCUCCGUGGCUCUCGUCCUCCUCCUGGUGGUGCUGGCGGUGCUGCUGCAGCCCAAACUCAAGUCCUUCCACCACGGCCGGCGUGAUGAGGAGGUGGGCGGCCAGCCUGUGUCCAUCAUGGUGGACGGGGUGCAGGUGCCGCUGCCCUCCUAUGAGGAAGCGGUUGCCGGGAGUAGCGGCGGCGGCCCCCCCACUGUGCCGCCCCCCCCUGAGGAGCAGACGGCUGUUGGCACGACGACCCCGAGGCUGUCGGCGCAGCCCCCGCCCGCCCCCCAACCAGAAACGUGGGCUCAGGCGCAGCAUGCGGAGAUGGCGGUGGUGCACCGGGUGCCGUCCCCUUCCUCGCCCUCCUCCUCCUCCUCCUCCUCGUCCUCGCUGUCGUCAUGGGGACCGGUGCUAGGAGCCACCGCAGGGGAGCGGCCCAGCGGCGCACACAGACGCGGCGAGCAGCCCAGCCUGCUGCUACAGGCCUCCGAGCUGGACUUCGCUGACGAUAUCCCACUGCUGAAGGAGGCUUGAGCGGGGCAGGAGGUGCAGGAGGUGCAGGAGGUGCAGGGGGAGCUGUGGAGCAGAGGCCUACACCAGGCACCUGGAGAACUCCUUCCUGCCUGCUGCAUCUACCACACACACGCGCACACACACACACACACACACACACACACACACACACACACACACGCACACACACACACUCCUACCCACCUCAGGUGAUUUUUAGAUGAGGGUAGGCGCCCCCUGGUCAGUGGAGGAGCUGCUGGUGCCAGCGUGCUUGUGUACAUACCGCAGCGCACACACACACACACACACACACACACACACACACACACACACAC